UAUGUCUUAAUUAUUAUUGUAUUGUCUUUGUAUCUAUUAUUAUUGUAUUGUUAUAAACUAUUAACUUAAUUCACUUCAUUGUAGAGCACCGAUAUGAGGACGCUGCACGGAUUUGGCUGGUGAACCAGCUAGGCGCCACGCUCUUUGCUAGCAAGAGCGGAGGCUACCAUACGACCGUCUACUGGAUAGGGAUGUUGGAGGAUCUUGGUCGAGUGUGCGAGUACGCGUGGGGCGCGAUUGCGCUCGCUACGCUAUACGACCAGCUUAGUCGAGCGUCCAGGAGGGGGACGGCCCAGAUGGGAGGUUUUACCUCGCUCCUGCUAGGAUGGGUCUACGAGUACCUUUCUGACCGCGUCAUUAUCCGUAGGCGGAUCCGGAGUACUCGCAGGACCAGCCUAGGGCGCGGCGGUGGGCUAUGUCCCGGGUCGGGCAUGCAGGCCUUGAUGAGAGGCGAGUCAUGCUCGAUGAGCUGACGGUGGAUGACGUUAUAUGGACCCCAUUUGAGGACCAUCGGGCUCAUCGACCACGGGAUCCGAGGGCCAUGUAUUCUGGCUACAUCCGGUCGCCAUUUGGCCGUGUUGUUCGACGACAUCUACCAGAGAGGGUUCUGCGCCAGUUUGGCUUCAUACAGGAUGUCCCUCGACACCCCUCUGAGAUCCAGACGUCUGGGUCCCUUGCUGAGACCGCAGAUGCUGCCUUUGCUGAGUUUGCGCCGCACCUCCGCCCUCAGGGGAUCCCCGCUACAUAUCCGGGAGAGGCUGUGGAGGAUUACAUGAGGUGGUACAGCGCUGUGUCCCAUCGGUUCAUCAUCCCUGAUGAUAGGAGGGAGGAGUUCAGUGCAGUGACUGUUAUGCGUCGGGCCGUGGACUUGUUGGAGCAGUCACUCGAGGUGCCAGAUGCUCCUGCAGAGGGCACGCAUUCCCGAUCCCUCACUGAGAGGGCGCUGGAUCUUAUUAGAUCCAAUGCCUUCAUUGGUACCCAGGGGGUAGCCUUUGCUGGUGCUGGAAAAUGA